AUGUAUGACUCCACCGUAAGAAGACGCGAGGACCUCAACAAAGUUCGACCCAAGUCAGAUACCUUCAUAUUCGAGAAGACAUUUUAUGAGAACGAAAUCCAGAAGACGAGAAAAAUGGAAAAUGGAAACUGCGUCGCGGGAAGGCCAUUUUCUGGUCCUUACCUAAUAACACAUCCUUAUAGCCACGGAAUGCCAGUCCCUUCUGGUUCCUAUGGACAAAUGUCUCAGCCGUCCUGUUUUAGCAGGAUGAAAAUGGGAUUUGUGAUGGGCUUCUGUGUCGGUGUAGCAACGGGUGCUAUAUUCGGUGGAUUUAGCUGUUUGAGGUUCGGACUUCGUGGUCGAGAGCUCGUCCAAACGGUGGGCAAAUCGAUGAUUCAGGGCGGAGGCACCUUCGGAAUGUUCAUGGCUAUCGGCACAGCAAUC